AUGGGAGAUUAUGAUGACGUUACUGCCUUCCUGGGUCAGAAAGGACCUUAUUUCUAUAGGACUUUCUUUCUUCUGAAUACAAUUUUCAUCUCCACUGGAUUCUUUGGGCUGUUCAUUGUAUUUGUUGGAGCAACUCCCCCACACCACUGCUUUAUCCCGGACUCGGGCAACCUGAGCGAGGCAUGGAGGAAGGCCAUCAUUCCCAUAAAGGUGGUGAACGGACAGGAGGAGGAGAGCAAGUGCAGCAGAUACAGGCUGGAUGUGGUCAGAAACCUGUCUGCUCUGGGCUACAUCCCCGGCCUGGACGUCAACCUCACUGGGGUGGAGCAGGAGGGCUGUGUGGAUGGAUGGAGCUACAGCAAAGAUAUAUACCAGUCCACCAUAGUCACUGAGUGGGACCUCGUAUGUGACAAUGAGUGGAAAACUCCUUUUGCCUCGUCGACUCUUUUUGUGGGUUUCCUGAUUGGAUCCCUGUUGUCUGGCCAGUUUUCUGACAGGUUUGGGAGGAAGAAAGUUAUUUUUGGCUCUCUUGUUGCCCAGUUGGUCUCUGUGCUCAUUCAGGCCUUCUCUCCCUCAUGGGAGGUUUUCUGCAUUAUGUUCACGUUUGUUGGGGCCUCUCAGAUAUCCCUCUAUAUCAGUGCAUUUGUACUGGGAACAGAGGUGUUGAGUAAGUCCAUGCGUGAAGUUUUCACUACUCUGGGGGCUUUUCUGCACUACUGUAUCGGCUAUAUGGCACUGCCCUGGAUCGCUUACGCAAUGAGGGAAUGGAGAACACUUCUCAUAAUCCUGUCCAGUGUGUCCGUAGUGUAUAUCCCAUUGUGGUGGUUCAUCCCAGAGUCUCCACGAUGGCUAUACUCUCAGGGAAGAGUAGAGGAGGCUGAGGCCAUACUGAGAGACGCUGCCAAGAGAAACAGAGUCACAGCACCAGAGGUCAUCUUUAAAGACACUGAGUUGGACGUGGAAUCGGCCCUGAAAAACAAAUAUAGCAUGAUUGACGUUCUGAGAACCAGCAACAUCAGAUGUGUUACAUUGAUGUGUUUGUUUUUAUGGAUGGCAGUAAACAUUGGAUAUUAUGGACUCUCUCUAAACACAUCCAAUCUGAGUGGAGAUCCUUAUCUAAAUUGUUUCUUAUCAGCUCUUACUGAAGUCCCAGCAUAUGUAGUAUCUACAGUGCUCCUCAGGAACUGUCAGAGAAGACCCUUACUGUCCGCUUUCCUCUUAAUAGGAGGAGUAAUGCUUUUCCUGAUCCAACUCAUCCCUGAGAAUCUGCAAGGUGUUGCUAUAGCUGUGGAGAUGGUUGGGAAGUUUGCCUUCACAAUGUCGUUCACCGUGGUCUACAUCUACACCGCAGAGAUCUACCCUACUGUUGUCAGGAGUGCUGGCGUCGGGAUCUGUUCUUCAGCUGCUCGGAUCGGGACGAUUGCAGCCCCAUAUGUCAUCUACCUAGGGAGCAUUAACAAGUACCUCCCCUACAUUAUAAUGGGAAGUAUGACUGUCACUUCGUCCGCUGUGAACCUCUUCCUGCCAGAGACAUUCCGCAAAAAGCUACCAGAGACAGUAGAGCAUAUGCAGCAAUGCAAAGGGUAUGCCCUACUCUGA